CAACGAAACCACUGUCCCUUCGUGCAUUAUUCAUCUGGAAUCGAGAUUCCCCCCGAUGGCUAUCGGCCCGCCGACAUAGCAUUGAACGCCGCAGCAGUUUGCAAUCACGCACAAAAGUAGCUAUGAAUUGGUCCGACCCGAGUGAGAGAGAACUUGCAGCGGAAUGGUCGUCAUCGCCUUAUCAGUGGCGUCGAAAGCGAACGCGGAGGCAGAAACCAAAAGCAAGAACGUCCCUGCUGUGCCUAUUGCUGGUGACCGCGGUAAUUUUUUCUUCGUUGUUGAUCUUCGUCGUUAGCGAUCAACAUGUUGAAAACAAUGAGAAUCGAAAGAUGGGGGAUAUGCUGGAGGAUGGCGUGGGACUAUCGAACGGAGAAAAAGAAACGGCGCCGGCCACAGUCGAAACAGAAACGCAAUCUGAGGCCCCGUCGCGGAAGACGACGGUGCGGGUCGUGGAUCCUACACGUGACCUUUUCCAACUGUUAUUAUCAGACUUUUUUUCCUCGAAAAAGGGAAAUGGUGCAAAACGAUAUCGAACCUUCAUGGUUCUCGCCUAUCGCGAAUCAUGUCAUCAAAGCAAAACAUUGUUAUGGAGGUUGAUGAACGAGGCCAUUCCAAAAAUUGAAUUUCAAUUGCUGAAAGACGAACACCAGUUGGAUGACAAUGGUGAAAGAGAUGAAAAUGUCAGAUCUGAAAUCAUUUUCGUGCCGAUGCCGAUUGGUGAAAAAGGCGAAAAAGCGUUCAACGAAAAGUUUAUGGAUCAAAUGGGAAUCAGCAGGCUUCCCUAUCUUUUCUUCCUCGCAGACGAGGAAGAACCGGGUGUAGAAGCAUUUGCGCACAUAGACGAUGUAUUCGCUGUGUCAGAAAUGUACCGCGGUCUGACAGAUUCCACUCCCAAUUUGGUGAACGGAUUGCGCCAUUACUUGACGCGUCUUCUCCUCCGUUCACAAUGGACACGACGAACUCGACAGGAAACACCGCAACAUUCGCAAUACAACGAUGUUCGAAGCGUACGUCUAAUGACAGUAAGAGUGGAAUCGAUAGAAGACUUGCAAACCAUGAUUCGAAAUGGCGAACGCGACAAACUCAGCAUCUUCCAGCAUCCUCUGCUUCCAUUGGACCCCAGCCUAUCGGAGGACGACGAUCGAUGGAUUCGAUUCCUGAUGGACGACAAUUCGGGACGUCACGUUCGCACGAGCAAUGAAUUCAAUGCGAAUCAGGAAAGGAGAAAUUACAACGAAGAAAGGGCGUCGCAACCCCCACCGCCACAUGAAUUGUUCCGGCUCGUUAUCCAGUGCCGAAACCUUAGGAGCGGGCAGCCUACGAGUCCCGAAACCGCGAACCAUAACUUUACAUCAUACCAGGAGUUCGACAAAGCUGUCACAGUACUUGGAGCACGACGCGAUGUGCUCUUCUCAAUCUUGGAACCAAGCACGGAAACUGUUGACAACGCAGAUAACAUUUCUUCCUCUUCCUCCUUUUGUAGCAAUGCCAGCACCGACGACGGUAGGGUCAAAAUUUGGGACGUCCACUUGCAUGACAAAGACACCCUUCUUCACAACGGCGGCUAUCUCGAGAGUUUCACGGAAAUCAUUGAUGGAUUAGGCUUUCGGCUCCGGCCGGAUCUCAUGUGGUUCGACCGGCGCAUGACGGCUCCCAUUGCCUUCCACCAGCGGUACCACCGCCACGCGGUUCUGUUUGUGGAUUUGCACGAUCCUGCGAGUGCACCCAACACUCGGGAUGCCGUCCGUGCCUUUCGGCAGGAAUGCCGGCAGCUGCGGGAGACUCAGCCUCCCGAUCACCCAGAACUAGCAAUCGUUUGCCUGGUGGUACCGGUGAGUUGCGUUCCMUUCGAAGAGUUGUCGUAUGGACCAAUAAGCUAUUGCGACAAAAACUCUCUUCCGUGUUCAUUUUGCUUCAUCCAUUAUAAUGCUGCUAACACCACUACUGCUAUUGUUACGGUGCAUACUAAUGUUUUUGUAUUGCAUGCGCGUGCCUCCGGCAUAUUUCCCAAUAUUGCUGCCUUUUUUCAAUGGGUUGUAUGAUCAUUUAAUUUUCACUUUCCUUUAGAGUACCGAACUUCGGGUCUUAAACACGUUUGGUGUCGACAUUUUUUCGCAGCUCGACGAGAAAGCCACCAAAAAAAUCCGAGCAACACUGUGCCACAAUAGAGUCCGAAAGGGACCCAGCAGCGCUGAUGGUGAUCCAAGCGAUGAUUUCUGUGAUGGCGUUACAAAUGAAAAUCGCCAAGGGGGACCAACAAACGGGGAAGAUGAUGGUUCGAAUUUUUCCUCUGUUUUGCCCACGUUGCUUGUGACCGAUCGGCGGAAAGACAGGACAGGCAUCGAGCGUCACUACCUAGAUCCACCUAUCACCCGGCUGUCCAUCGGUCGAUUUCUCGACGAUUUCGUUCACGGCCAAACCAAACCAGAGCGAAAAAGUAGCCCUUACAACAGCGAGGAAGGGCAAGAGGGCGGUGCCGUUCCCGUCAAUAAGCAUUUCGUCCACCUUCUAAGCGCAGAUUCCUUGCCGAAAUUUCUUGAGAUAAAUCGAGAGAAGCAUGUGCUACUGCAACUCUAUGCUCCCACGUGUGGACAUUGCAAGCGUUUCAACAUUGUUUGGAAUUCACUGGGGAAACUGGUCGAGUUUCUCGGAUGGUCCAAUCAGCUCGUGCUAGCACGAAUCGAUGCAGCCUCCAACGAAGUGUUUGUUCCCGGUUUGGUGUCGACGCAGCUUCCGGACCUUUUUUACUUUGGAAAAGGCGAUACCGAAUACCCAACUCACUACCCAAAAACCCAAUUUGCUCACGACAUGGAGCUGGGAGGGAUUAGUGAUCCACUCGACCUUUUGGAAUGGUGGAUGGACGAGGCUGGGGAAUCCAUUGAUGAAUCCGAGCUAUUGCGUGCUUUGGAAGGUGUAACUCGAACAUGACUGCGUUUUCUAGACUCCGUUAACUACAUCUUGUGCGACAUACAGAAGAUAAGUAGUUAUGUUAAUUUGAAAAAUGCUCUUCUAGAGUUUAUUUCUGUGGACUUUGGGGCUUGCAUUCACUAAUACUACAGGUACCAAUCAAAACCUUGACAAGCCGUGCGUUACUGUAUCGUGCCAUGCGGGUACGAGUAAUAGACUCAUAACCCAGUUGUUACCCAUACGAGUGAACUCAUAUCACAAGUUCUCUAACGGUACGUACGCACUAUUAACUUACUGUAGGUCGAAGUCGAAAUGUAAUCUUAUUACAACAACAAGGCAGGGGCUUCUACAUUUGAAAGAACUUGUUACCGGAUUUUUAUUGUUUUCACUCCCUCAGACUCCCUUUUCCAUCCACAAUUGCAGUUUUUAAAAAAACUAUUCUAGUAUUUUUUUCCUUUAUUCUUUAUUUUUAAGGAAGCCAGCACUGCCCAAUCUGGUUCACGAAUAACGCUGGAAACUGGAA